AUGCCCGUCGCCGUCCCCUUGCCCGAACUCGGCCAGUUCAACUACGUCCCAGAGACGAAGGAGAACAUCGACUGGGCCGAUCUUAUCACUCUCGACUUCAGCCUCUACGGUACGCCUGAAGGCAAGAAGCAGCUCGCGAAGACACUUGUCGAGGCCGUCCGCGUUCAUGGCUUCUUCUACGUCAAGAACUUCAACAUCUCGCAAGAGCGUGUCAACCGCCAGUUCUCUAUGGGCAAACAGUUCUAUGAGCUGCCGCUGGAAGAAAAGUUGAAAUACGUUCCGGAUCUUGACAACGGUGCCUUCAACGGUUACACUCCAGCGGGCCGUCGCAUUCUCGACACCGAGUCUGGACUCAGGGACCGCAUCGAGAUCUACAACCUUCCUAAAUUCGACGGUUUCUUCACCCACAACCACCCGGCAGUCAUCCAGGACCAUCUCGCUGAGAUCGAGGAGUUCGCAAAGUCUCUUCACACGGAGGUGCUGGACCCGCUGCACGUCCUGCUCGCGAUCGCCCUCGAGCUCCCCGAGGACUACUUCCUCAAGAUCCACGACUACUCGCGCAAGAGCGAGGACCACUUCCGGUACAUGAAGUACAGCAAGUACACGCCAGAGGAGAACGCCAAGCUCGGCCGCAUCUGGGGCCAGGGCCACACCGACCUCGGAUCCUGGACGCUGCUCUUCCGUCAGCCGGUCGCCGCCCUCCAGAUCCGCCACCUCCAGACGAACGAGUGGAAGUGGGUGAAGCCGCAGGACGGGACGCUGACGGUGAACGCGUGCGACGCGCUCUCGUUCCUCACGGGCGGGUACGUGAGGAGCACCGUGCACCGCGUCGUGGCGCCGCCGAAGGACCAGGAGCACGUCGACCGUCUCGGUGUCCUCUACUUCUCUCGCCCUAACAACGACGUCAAGCUCGAGACGAUCAAGGACUCGCCUGUCCUCCAGCGUGAAGGCUUCGUCAAGAACCAGUUCGAGGAGUCCGGCAACCCCGUGCCCACCAUGGAAGAGUGGACGUUCGCGAAGCAGAAGUGGCAGCGCACGAACAACAAGGUUCGCGGCGACCCGAAGUACGAGACCGCCCAGAUCCUUCCCGGCUUCUCGGAGAAGGUGUACGCCUGA